AAAACAACAUCCCCAUGUUGCUGCGGUGUGUUCACGCAACAUGCGUACCUUCCGCAUUAUGACCGUUCUCCUGAGUUGCCUAAUAUCCAUGUAUUGUGUCCUGCCAUUGGUGGUAUUAUUUUUUGAUGUUGGUCUAGAUGCCGAUGAAAAACCUUUCCCCUAUAAAAUGUUAUUUCCCUACGAUGCCCAUCAUGGUUGGCGUUAUGUUGUCACAUAUAUAUUUACAAGCUAUGCCGGAAUAUGUGUGGUAACAACACUCUUUGCAGAAGAUUCAAUUUUCGGAUUUUUUGUCACCUAUACAUGUGGUAAAUUUCAAAUACUACAUGAACGUAUUGAUAAUUUGGUAUUGGAUGCCUAUGAAAGGGUGAGAAAUAAGGAGGAUGCAAUGGAUAUACAGGAUACCUAUGUGAAGCUAUUAAAUCGCAUAGCUUAUGAUCAUAAUAAAUUAAUUGAAUUUGCAGCAAAAUUGGAGAAUUUCUUCAAUCCCAUUCUCUUGGUGAAUUUUACAAUAUCCUCUAUUUUGAUAUGCAUGGUGGGAUUUCAAUUGGUCACGGGCAAGGAUAUGUUUAUAGGCGACUAUGUUAAAUUCUUUGUGUAUAUGUCAUCUUCCCUGUCACAGCUGUAUGUUUUAUGCUGGAAUGGGGAUUCUCUUAUACAACAUUCCCUAGAGACCGCAAAUCAUUUGUACGUAUGCAACUGGGAAGGUGGACAAAGGAUUCAAGACACAUAUUAUAUUCCUGCAAACAAGAAGUUUCGUCAAAAUCUGGAAAUAAUGAUAAUGUGCAGCCAGAGGCCAGUGAAAAUAACAGCCCUUAAAUUCUCUACGUUAUCCUUGCAAUCAUUUACCGCCAUAUUAAGUACAUCGAUGAGUUAUUUUACUCUCUUGAAAACGGUAUAUGAUGAAAAUCAGGAGGAUGGUGCAACAAAUUAA